AUGACAAGAAUUGCAGCUUUAUUCAAAUUACAGCAACAAUUAACAAAUAAAAACAAACAAACAUCUUAUGAUAGACCUCUGAUGUCAGGUCCUAGAUUCAGUCCCCAUAUGAAAUGGGUUAACAAAAAAUUUAUGAAUCCUCAAGCACAGAUCCGCAAUCCAACACCACAAUCUACUCAACAGAAUAGUGGUACACCGAAUAAAAACGAAAAUGAAAAUCUUAAUGAGGCAAACACUUUUAAUAAGGAAAUACCUCAAAAUACAUCUGCUCAAAUCACUAACCAACUAUCAGAGCCCAUUGCAUCAUCAAGUUCGAAUACUAUGGUACAGGAUUUUUCUGUAUUUGAUUCAAAAAUGACUAAUUUUAAUCAAAAUAUGAACGCAAAUUAUAAAUUUCAUGACUGUGAAGUGUAUGACAGUCCGUCAUUCAUCAACUUUGAAUCAGAAGAAGGUGUGACUGAUUUAAAUGAUGAUGAUAUUUUCAACAAAAAUGUAACAAAUGUUGGAGGUGAAAUAAAUAAAAAUCAACAGGAAGCAACUACUGGUUUCAAAUUGACAUUGCAAGACCAAUAUGCAAAGAGAGUUGAAUCAAGAAAUGAAGAUACAAAAACUAAACAAAACAAUAUAAAUCAAUCUGAAAAUGAUAAAGAAAGCAAUGUUAUUAAGGAAGAAUUGACACAGAAUGAUGCCAACCAGGACAAUAUACCGCCAGUGAUAUCUGAAUCAAACAAAGUUGUGAUUGAAAAUAUUCAUACAAAUAUUUGUGAACAAAGCCAACACAUUGAAAUACCUCAAGCACAAAAUGUCCAAAAAUUGUUUAUGGAUAACACCAAUUUAGGACCGAUGCCAUCUCAAGAUUAUACGAGCAAUAAUCUGAGUUUGAAUCAAAAAAUAUUUGUUCAGACAGAUGAAUCAAAUGUAUCACAGUUGUAUUCACCAUCUGAUGUCUAUGAAGGACUCUCUAAAGAAGAUUCACCGGACAAUGAAACCGUUCGUACAAGCGCCUUUCAAAGACUCGGUCCACCAGAAAAAAAACCCAGGCUUACUAUUAACGUUAAUGUCGACAGAGAUCACUCAAUCCGAGAAGUAGUAGAUGGGUCAGAGAGGUAUAUACCAACACAUGAGAAACAAGAAUUACUGGAGAGUAAAGAUAAUACUGUGCUUACUUUCUUACCUUUAUGGCCGUGGAAAAAUAGCAUCGUGAAAAGAAAAACGGUCACUUAUAAAAGUUCUAAGACAGUGAUGUUGGUGGAAAAAGAAUAUAUGGAAGAGAAAUACGAUAAGGAUUCAGCAUUCUUCUUGAUAACAGUAGAAGGUUAUCCAGAGCAAUGGACGAAGGAAGACGUUUUGGAUCUUAUCCUUGAUCAUUUGAAAGGGAAACAUUUUGUUCCUUGCUUUAUAGAAUUCACUCCAAAGGAAUGCAAAUUCUUUGUCAUCAGAAGCAAGGGUGCUCUACUGAAUAUUCAUUCUCUAGGUUUUGUAAUCCGCAGGGAUAAUAUUGAAAUUAGACUGUUAAUAACACAAACUAUACUUACAUUGAGACAGAUUGACUUCCUACCAAGAAUAAUUUUGAGAUCAAGACUCUGUAUGGCAUAUGAUGGUGAGAGUAAGAUGGAUUUGAGUGAGUUUACCUUGAAAACAGAUAUAAGUCACUUUAUAUACUACCCACUUCAUCGUAACUUCAAUCAAACAGAACUAAUACACCUGCCCAGUUCUGUGUCAUGGCAUACACUGACUGAACUUAUAUUGUCACAUAACAAAAUAACAUGCAUAGAAGGUUUUCAUCUAGAUAAAACAACGCCAAAGCUGAAUGUUUUAGAUCUGUCGUACAACAAUAUUGAGAGUGUUCUAAGUUUGCUUCCAAUUAGACAGUUGCAUUUACUCAAGCUAUCCCUUGAAGGAAAUCCUCUUUGUUAUGAUUAUAUAGAAUCAGAUCAUUAUGUCAAAGUAUUGAAGAGUAUAUUUUCCAGUUUAAGAGAAAUAGAUGGAGUUCAAAUAAUCCAUGACUUUGCUCCAAAAACUAAACAGAAUUAUUGUCAAGAAGAUUCUAGAAACAUUGUUGAGAAGUUUCUAGAAGUAUUUUUUCCUUUAUUGGAAUGUAAUCCUGAUGAGAGAAGAUCUAUGCAAUCUAUGUAUGCUGAUAAUGCCGUUAUGACCGUAACUCACAGAGGACAAUUGCGUACGUAUACACCUUUUACUAAAUUAACUAUCUUUUUAGUCCUCAAAGAUGUCGGUAUUGAAUCCAGAGAGAAUUAA